AUGUGCUCAAUCACCCAGCGGGAUUGUAUGGAACGGGAUUCCGCCGCCGAUUUCCGCAAGUGUGGUGUCGUUGGUGAAGACAACAUGAACUACAACUACUUCAACUACUUCAACUACUUCAAUUACUUCAACUACUUCAACUACUUCAACUACGACAACAACCACAAAGAUGAGAAGCACAUCUUCGCCUCGCCGGCCAAUAACAAGUUGCGGGCGCUGCAAGAUCUCGCGCAGAUCUCCUACAUCGACGUGAUCGUCGGAGACUGGAUGAGCGAAGCCAACAUGACGGUCCGAGGCAUCGAAUGGGCCGAGAUCAAGGCACGCAAAGCGGCGGGACGAGACGAAACAGGCGUCGCAAAUGCGGGCCAAUAUCUCAGCAACACGCAAGACGCAUUCGACCCGUAUUUCUUGACCCAACUUGAACCAGCACUCCCCCAUCUAGCCGCCAAUGCAACUAAACUAGCCUGUAAUGCUGGCGGUAGUAAUCCUGCUGGUCUCGCAAAGGCGGUCCGCAAAGUCGUCGAGGGGCUGGGGCUACGACUCAACGUAGCGUGGAUUGAGGGUGACGACGUCACGGACACGGUCUUUGGUUUGCAAAAACAAGGAGAGAGCUUUCCAAGCCUCUUGGACGGAAAGCCCUUGUCUGAGUGGGACUGUGAGCCUAUAUGCGCGCAGUGCUAUCUAGGCGGGACAGGAAUUGCUUAUGCGUUUGAGCACGGGGCUGACAUUGUCAUCUGUGGACGUAUUGCAGAUGCAUCGGCAUGUGUCGGCGCGUAUCUUGGGGAGCAAUGCACGGACCUUGGGUGUCCGAUUGCAUCAAUAGAUGCUCAAGGUGACGUAGAGCUGAAACUUGAAGACGGCAAAGACGGAGAGAUCUCAUUUGGAACAAUUGCUACACAACUUGUGUAUGAGAUUCAGGGACCGCUCUACUAA